AUGGCCAUCCGCGAGUUGGAGGAAAGCGACUAUGGCAAAGGCUUCCUGGGGAUCCUCUCGCAGCUGACAACGUUGGGCGAGGUCCCGGAGGACGUUUUCGUCGAGCGGUUCAGGGAGCUGCGCGGCUCGCCGGACUACAGGGUCCUGGUGGCGGAGGAGCCCGAGCGGGGGCGGGUGGUGGGCGCGGCCACGCUGUUCGUGGAGCGCAAGUUCAUCCACGCCUGCGGGAAGGUGGGCCACGUGGAGGACGUGGUGGUGGACGUGGGCUGCAGGGGGCACGGGGUGGGCCAGAGGCUGGUCGCGGCGCUGCUGGAGGCCGCCAGGGAGGCGGGCUGCUACAAGGCGAUCCUGGACUGCGCGGAGCAGAAUCAGGGCUUCUACGAGAAGUGCGGCAUGGUGAGGAAGGAAGUGCAGAUGGUGAAGUACUUCGAUCGAUGA